AUCGUUAUCAAGCCCCUUCUCAGCGCCGUAUGGACCGCCGCAUCUCCACUAUCUUCCAGCGAGCGACCUUCUCAGGUGAGUCACGCCGAACGACCUUCUGCGUACGGGCCGCUCAUCAUUUUCCCUUAAUCUCGCAGCCGACCACUACCUCGCGACCGCCGUCCGAGAGACAUCCGCCACGCGAGAGACCUAUUCGCCGUCAGCACUAUGAAUUUGCCGAGCAAGCCCCUGCUAUACUCCGCCACGAACCACCCGGUGAACCCCCGCCUGAUAUCUGCUUUCCACCAUUCUGUUUAUUCAAUAAAAAACUACCAGGUUUCUCUUCUAUACUCCGCCUCGGACCACCCGGUGAACCCCCGCCUGAUAUCUGUUUUCCAGAGAUCCUGGGGUGUCUAUGCCGGGUAAAGCCAGAGUACGUGGACUCAGAAAUGGCUGAAUGCGGAGCAGGUUUGAUUUCUAUUUCUAUCAUCGAGCUGUUACAUCAUCUUUCCGGCAAUGGAGUUUUUGCUGAUGUUUUGGGCUGCUUGAUAAGCAGUGUGAGCAUGGAACUGUACUGCGCUGAUCCGAUUCAAGUUCUCAAGGUGUUAGCCUCGGCGGUGGGAUAACAUACUCCUAAUUGGGAUGCGUUGGCGGACAUAGACGUGGUUGGAGUGCUACUAGAGCUGAUGUUGUUCCUCGAUUAGUAGAGCGAUUAACAUAAGAGGCUUUAAAUGAAGAUAUUGAAUAGCAGGUAUUAGGAUGGUGCAACAUUUUUCUAUGGAACUCUGGUGGAUUUAUUGUAAGUUGUAAAGGGUAUGAUUAAUUCGAGUAUGGAGCUGGGCAUGAUGGUUUUCAUGGCUGCCACUAGGAACAAAAUCUGACCUCAAAUGUUACAUGUGAGCAUUUUUUUGUGUGGUUGCUUCGAUUUAGCAAGAAGGUCCCGAGGCUAGUAUUUCGAGGUUGAUAUCUUCAAGACACUCUAUUAGAGAUAUGUCAACUUAGAAAUGCGAUAUAAUGGGAUUUGCUAUAUUUUUUAUUAAAGUACUUAGGCUUUUCUUAUUUUUGUUUGGAACAUUUUGAGAUUGUUAGUUCGUUUAUUUAUGGUUUUUAAUUAGCAAACAUACUAUUAUUGUUAUUUUUUCUAAUUUAUCAUCUAGAACAUAGUCCC